CUGGAGCCACACGCCAACAAAAAUUGAAUUGAAUUGAGAACUUGAGAAGAUAUUUUCAAUCUUCAUAGUACAAUACUGAACUGUAAAGUGAAUAGUAUAAGAUACAAUAUCGAAUAAACUAUACGAGUAAAUGUUGUAUGUACUAAGUUGAUGGCUGAUGUACUAUUUGUAUUUAUCUGUAUACAUUUUGUAUUUGCUAGUGAAAGUUAACGUUAUUAGAAAUUAGAAUAUAAUAUAAGAUCUAAGAUACAGUUUAUUCAAAAUAUCAGAGAAUGAAUAAUGCACCACAAUUUUCUUUACGGUGGAAUAAUUACGUCAGUCACGUAACAGGAGCCUUUAAUAUUUUACGAUUUGAACAUGAAUUGGUUGACGUGACGUUAUGUUGUGAUGGUGGUAAAAUAAAAGCCCAUAAAAUGCUUCUGUCAGCCUGCAGCAAUUAUUUUAAACAAAUAUUUAAGGAAAACCCUUGCAACCAUCCUGUCAUAAUAUUUAGGAACUUUAAGUAUGAAGACUUGAAUGCUAUAGUUAAUUUCAUGUACCAUGGUGAAGUAAAUAUUUUUCAGGAACAAUUAGAAUCAUUUCUUAACACAGCUGAACUUUUAGAGGUUAAAGGUUUGACUGAUAAUCUAGAGGAUGAAUCUUACAAAUCCCUACUCAAGUUUGGUGAGAACUCUUCAUUAGACCUUAGUUCAAAACAGAAAAUUGAUAAUGUGGAGCCACAUCAAACUACUUUAGAUGAACCAAUUAACUUGGCAACUUUACAAACUAGCAGAGAAGAAAAUGUAGUAAAUGAUUCAUCAACAAGUGUACAAGAGCAAGAUAGUGACAUCUUUGAAGUGCAGCUAGAUGAAAGUAGAGAUACAAGUAAUGUUAAGAUCAAAUCUAGUGCUGUGCCAGCACCUGGGGAGGAUAUGCAAAUUGAUAUACAAUCUACAUCUACUGAGGAUCUAUCUGAGAAAAACACUUCUGAAUCAGACUUGGCAAAGUUCCGCUGUCAGUUAUGUCCAAAAGGCUUUAAGCACCCCACCUCACUGACUCUUCACAAGGACUCACAUGCUGGAAAAACUCAAUGUCCUGUUUGCCACCGAUCAUUUUCAAGGUCUUACGACAUGAGAAGUCAUCUUCAAAGGAUUCACCAAGGAAAACAGCUGACAAUUAAAGAAAUCAGAUACAAGAACUCAAAUGAUAGUACAGUUGCAGCAAAACCAUACACUCAUAACAUGUAGUAACUACAAAAUGUUAUAUAUUAUAUACAUAGCACAGAGUGCUAAUUGCCUGUUAGUUAAGCACACAUUUUAUUAUAUAAAAUUAUAAUUGUUUAUUUAUUAUUAUAAAAAAAAACUAAUGUCACAAUAAAACUAUUAAUUGCUCAGCAAUUUAGCAUUGGCUAUUUUUAUACUAGUCUUGUCUAUACUGUUUCAAUACACUACAUAUUGUUUCA